AUGUCAGACAUUUUCGGGCGGAAGGGGACCAUCAUGGCCGCGGCGGCGACGUUCAUGGCAGGAAGUCUUGUUGCGGCGCUGGCUGGCUCGAUCUCCGUCUUGAUUGCCGGGAGGACGAUUCAAGGCUUGGGUGGUGGAGGCUCGUUGGUGCUUGUCACGAUUGUGAUUGGAGAUUUGUUCAAGCUCGAGGAGAGGGCUAAGUACUAUGUCUACAUCAAUCUUCCCUUCGAUGGAAUCGCUCUCAUCGUCCUCUUCUUCGUCCUCAAAGUCGAAACUCCGAAAGAACCUUUCAUGACCGGACUCCGCGAACUCGACUGGACUGGCUUCGCUCUCAUCAUCGGUGGGACAAUUUGCUUUCUCUACGGCCUCGAGACAGGCGCGGGCGGGCUGCUGCCAUGGGACUCGGCGCAGGUAAUCUGCCUUAUCCUCUUCGGCGUGGUGAUUCUCGCCCUCUUCAUGGUCUGGGAAGCCCGCUUUGCCUCGAGCCCAAUUAUCCCGUUCCGCAUCUUCCAAAAGAUCACCAAUGUUGCGGCUUUUACGUUUUCGUGCAUCCACAGCUUCGUCUUCAUCUCCUACGACUACUUCCUCCCGCUGUACUUCCAAGUCGUCCUCGGUUUCCCCCCAAUCAUCGCCGGAGUCUCGCUCUUUCCGCUCCUGAUCCCGCUCACCGUCAUGACGAUGCUCGGUGGCCUCUUCACGCGUAAGACAGGUAACUACGUCGUCCCCAUUUUCCUCGGCGCCACGCUGAUGACGCUCGGAAAUGGACUCUUCAUCACCUUCGGUACGACCCCGGACUGGGCCAAAAUUGUUUGCUUCCAGAUCAUCACCGGCAUCGGCGCGGGUGUGCUCUUCCAAAGCCCGAUGAUUGCCAUCCAAACUCACACCCAUCAGAAGGAUAUGGCAGCUGCCAUGUCUGCCUUCACGUUCUUCAGGUCGCUCUUCUCGUCUAUGUCAGUGGUCAUUGGGACGGUGCUGCUGCAGCGGAACUUGGGAGGAGGAGGGUUGACGGCGCUUCACUCGGAGGAAACAUCUGUGCAGACGGAAGGCACGGGGAAGGAAGAUUACGUCGCUGCUUUGCAUAUCAUGUGGGCUUUCUUUACUGGUGUUGCUGGGUGUAUGAUCGUUGCUGCUUGUUUUAUCAAGCCGAAGCCGAAGAAGUCGUCACAGACGUCGGCGCCAUAG